AUGGUCGAGCUGCUCGGAACAGCUUCGAGGAUCCACCGGCGUCUCACGCUGACGGUGAUCUUGCGUUGUUUACAGGUGCUCCUUACCAACAACUGCAACCACAACCGCCGCCACCUGUCGACGCAGAGUGGGCAGCGCGAAGGAAACGAUCAUGGGCUCCAGGACCGAGGUCAGUUUGGUGGAAUAACGCCAGAACAGCUUGCCUCGCGACAAGUUCUGCCCCGAAAGCUGCCAAUCUUCUCUGGGAGCUACGAAGAGUGGCCGCUGUUUAUCAGCUGCUACAAUACAACCACCGAAGCGUGCGGCUAUACGAACAAUGAGAACCUCGUUCGGCUCUUGGACUGUUUGAGAGAUCCUGCUCUUGGACAUGUACGCGGCCAGUUGUUGCUCCCACAGUCGGUUCCCAGAGUGAUUGAAACGUUGCGGAGAAUCUACGGACGUCCUGAACAACUGUUGCAGUCUCUGUUGAUGAAAGCACGACGUUGCGACCCCCCCAAAUCUGAUCGACUGGAAACGUUCAUCACCUUCAGCCUGGUUAUUGAACAGCUGUGCGACCACUUGGAGGCAACGAACCUUCAAGAUCAUCUGGUAAACCCCAUGCUACUCCAGGAACUUGUGGACAAAACCCCGGCUGGCACGAAGUUGGAGUGGGUCCGAUUCAAACGCCGUCACGGUCAAGUCACUCUGAGAACGUUCGCGGAUUUCAUGGCCGGCAUAGCAGAAGACGCGUGCGAAGUGGCGCCCAUGGUAGACAACAAGCAGCUUGCGGGUGACAAACGAGUGGAAAAGCGGACCAAGGAAAGGGGGUUCGUUCACGCCCAUGAUGCGACUACCGUACCAGGGCAGAUCACUAAAGAACGAGUUGAUAUCAAGCCCUGUCGAGUAUGCCAGAGCACCGAGCACAAGAUCCGGAACUGCGAUGAGUUCAAGAACCUAACGCAAGCAGACAAGACGGCGCUAGUUGUCAAGUGGAAGAUCUGUCGCAUCUGCCUCAACGAACACGGGGAUUCGCGAUGCCGGUUUAAGAUCCAGUGCAAUGUCGAACAAUGCCGAGAGCGUCACCAUCCGUUGAUGCACGGCGAAGCCGCAACAACCCAUGCUGCGGAAGCAACGGAAGUGACACACAAUGCCCAUCGAGUUGAUAUCGGGCAAAUGCAGUUUCGCCUCGUCGCGGUCACGCUGCACCACGGAACGCGUUCUGUGAGAACGACCGCAUUCUUGGAUGAGGGCUCAUCGAUGAGUUUAGUGGAGCGCUCACUGGUUGAUGUUCUCGGUGUCAAAGGAGGAGAACUUGAACCGUUGCGCUUGAUUUGGACGGCGGAUAUCAGUCGAACUGAGAAAAACUCCAAGAAAAUCAGCGUCCAGAUAUCAACGGCCGGGUGUGACCAAAAACAUCAGCUGGCGUUGCGCACCGUUACCGAGCUGAAACUACCAACACCGUCGUUUAAAAUCUCCAGCCUGACGAAGCAGUUCAAGCACCUGGGAGACUUCGAAGUCGACGACAACCUAGGCAAGCCGAGGUUACUUUUGGGAUUAGAUAACCUGCACUUGUUCGCUCCCCAAGAAUCCCGCAUUGGCCAGCCCAACGAACCCAUAGCCGUCAAGUCAAAGCUGGGUUGGAGCGUGUACGGCCCUAGCAGUGACAACAAGUGCGGCGGAGGUGUCGUCGGUACACACUUCACGGAAAACAUCUCGAACCAAGAGCUGCACGACCUAAUCAAGGAGUACUUCGCCGUGGAGGAAGCUGGCGUAACCGCUGGAGUUCUAGAAUCCGACGACGAUCGCCGAGCAAGAGUUAUUUUGGAGAACACCACAGUGAAAGUCGGCGGCCGAUACGAAACGGGACUCUUGUGGCGCUCGGAUGAUUACGAUUUUCCGAACAGCUAUCCCAUGGCAGUGCGACGUCUAGAGCAGUUGGAGAAGAAGCUCUCCAAGAACCCAGAACUGGCUGAGAAUGUGCGGCGACAGAUUACGGAGUACCAGUUGAAGGAAUACGCGCACAAGGCUACGCCGAAGGAAUUGUCCGACUCGGAUCCUCGCAAAGUGUGGUACAUACCACUCAGCGUGGUUGUAAACCCCAGGAAGUCAAAAGUGCGGCUGGUGUGGGACGCGGCUGCUUCCGUCAACGGAGUAUCGCUGAACAGUCAACUCCUCAAAGGUCCUGACCUUCUAGUGAGCUUGAUCGAAGUUCUCUGUCGCUUUCGUGAGCGACCAGUGGCUUUCGGAGGUGAUCUGCAAGAGAUGUACCACCAGGUCCGCAUCCGGUCAGAAGACAAGCAGGCACAACGAUUCCUCUUUAGAGACAACCCGACUCUAAAGCCCGACGUGUACGUUAUGGACGUGGCUACAUUUGGGGCCACUAGUUCUCCUGCAUCCGCACAGUUCGUCAAGAACAAGAACGCAGCGGAAUUUGCCCACGUCCACCCGGAAGCAGCAGCGGCGAUAAUCCAGCGGCACUAUGUUGAUGAUUAUUUUGACAGUGCGGAUACGGAAGAAGAGGCGAUAGAACGAGCUCAAGCAGUGAAGCAUAUCCACGCGCAAGGAGGGUUCCACAUACGUAACUGGGUGUCCAACUCGUCGCGCUUCCUUGAAGCACUAGGAGAACCAAACCAGAAACAGAACGUCCAGUUCACCAGCGACAAGCACACCAACACCGAGCGUAUUCUUGGAAUCACCUGGAACCCCGUGCUGGACGUCUUUGUGUUCUCCAUCCCGACAAACGAAGCACUGCAGCCCUUCAUGACCGGAAAAGCCCGGCCGACCAAAAGCAUCGUGCUGAAGUUCCUCAUGUCGUUCUUUGACCCGCUAGGCCUGAUCGCUCACUACUUGGUACACGGAAAAAUCCUCAUGCAGGACAUCUGGCGUUCCGGUUGUGACUGGAAGGCGACGAUAAACGACGACUGUUACGCUGGAUGUACACAGUGGAUUAAGUGGCUGCCCCUCCUGGAACAACUUCAAAUCCCUCGCAGCUACUUUGGCGACAUUCGCAGCUCCAAAAUCGAAUCCGUUGAGCUUCAUGUGUUCAGUGACGCCAGCGAAAAGGCCUACGGAAGUGGGGCCUAUCUGCGCAUUGUUUGCGACGGAGCCAUCCGCUGUACGCUUGCCCUAGCGAAGACCAAGGUUGCGCCACUCAAGCUGCUGUCGAUUCCCCGCCUGGAAGUUUCCGGAGCAGUCCUGGGAGCCAGACUAGCCAACACAGCAGAAACUUGUCAUUCGUUGCCAAUUUCUCGUCGAGUGUUCUGGAUGGACUCGGCUACUGUGAUUGCCUGGAUUCACUCUGAUCAUCGAAAGUACAAACCGUUCGUCGCACACCGAAUAAGCGAAAUUCUCUCACUCACGAGUGUUGACGAGUGGCACUUUGUUUCUACUAAAUCCAACGUGGCGGACGACCUGACAAAGUGGAGGAAACGGUUCACGAUGAGCUGCGAAGACCGUUCAAUCCGAGGACCAGACUUCAUCUACACGGACUCUAAGAGCUGGUCGGUGCCUGCAACGCCGAUCGAAAGUGUGGAAGAAGAACUGAGAGCAGCUUUCCUGUUCCAUGAAAUUCACCUGCCGGAGCCCGUCAUUGAUGCAGAGCGCUUUUCAUCCUGGAAAACGCUGGUCAGAUCGCUGGCCGUCAUCUUCCGCUUCCGGUCUAACUGCCAGCGCAAGGCGCGUGGGUUGCCGAUUGAAGCUGUUCCCGCAACACCUGCAGUAACCGGACACGUGAAGGGAGCAGUUUCAUCCACAGAAGUUCCGUUGCGCCAAGAAGAAUAUGUCCAGGCUGAAAAUUGUUUCUGGAGGUUGGUGCAGGCGGAUAUGUUUCCGGAUGAAGUGAAGGUGCUGUUGAAGAAUCGGGAGCUGCCUCGAGAGGAGUGGCACCAGGUGGAAAAAACGAGUGUCAUCUACCAAUUGUCGCCUUUUCUCGACCACGCUGGGGUGCUUCGAAUGGAAGGUCGAACCGAAGCUGCCGAAGAGUUGCCGUUUGACCUGCGUUUUCCCGUGAUCCUGCCGAAGAAACAUCCGAUUACCAUCAAGCUAGUAGAACAUUAUCAUCGCAAGCUCCGGCACGGCAACAACGAAACGGUCGUCAACGAAAUGCGUCAACGGUUCUUCAUCGGGAAUCUACGAGCCGUCGUACGGAUGGUCGCGAACGACUGCCAGCUGUGCAAAAUUCGCCAGAGUCGACCUGCUGUACCCCGUAUGGCGCCGCUGCCGGUUCAGCGUUUGCAGCCGUACCUGCGGCCGUUCAGUUUCGUCGGCGUGGAUUACUGUGGCCCAUUCACGGUUACUGUUGGGAGACGCAGCGAGAAGCGGUGGAUUGCCGUGUUUACCUGUUUCAACACCAGGGCGGUUCACCUAGAAGUGGCCCACAGUCUCAACAAGCAGUCCUGUCUCAUGGCACUUAGGAGGUUCAUGUGCAGGUACGGCGUCCCAAGGGAGAUAUUUUCCGACAACGGAACAAAUUUCCACGGCGCAAACAAUGAGGGAGUCCUGAUCCGUGCCAUCAACAACAACUGUGCGGACGUGGUGACUGACGCUCGACUCAAGUGGAAUUUCAACCCUCCAUCCGCCCCACACAUGGGGGGAGUUUGGGAACGCAUGGUCCGGUCUGUUAAAGAGUGUCUGAAGGUACUGGAUGAUGGCAGAAAAUUGACGGACGAAGUUCUGCUGACGGUGUUGGCAGAAGCUGCAGAAAUCAUCAACUCGAGACCUUUAACGUAUCAGCCGCAAGAUGCUUCGUCUCCGGAGGCACUCACGCCGAAUCACUUUUUGCGCGUGGGCCCUGCAAAUGAAGAAUUGGUUCUUGGAGCGGCGAACGAAGGUCAAGCACUGACGGACAGUUACCAACGGUCCCAGAUGUUGGCCCAACAGAUGUGGAAGCGCUGGAUAUCCGAGUACGUGCCUUCGCUCAACCGCCGGUCUAAGUGGCACGAGGAACGGGAACCGGUGAAGGCAGGUGACUUGGUGUUCAUCGCGGACGAAGAGCAGCGGAAGACGUGGAUCCGCGGGAUCGUGGAUGAGGUGAUUAAGGCGAAGGAUGGACGAGUUCGACAAGCUGUUGUUCGUGCUCAAGGAAAGUUGUACAAGCGGCCGGUGGCGAAACUGGCGGUGAUCGAGGUUGGAGCUAAUGGACGGAGUGAACCUCAUUCCGAAAAACCUCGGGACUAA